AUGGAGUCCUCCAGCGCUGCGAAAUUUGGCCAAUGCGAUAAUCCUGAGAUCAUCGAUCUCCCUAUCAUUGAUAUCACUGAGCUCGACUACAAGACAGGCAAGAAAGUAUUAGAUGCAUUUGUGACCUACGGGUUCCUCUAUCUCUCCACUGGCUCCACUCCUUUCACCAGCAGUCUCCUGCAGCGUACUUUCAAUGUCUCUGCAUCUUUAUUCGCCCUUCCAUCCGACACGAAACGGAACUUCUGGAUCGAGAGUGCCACUAACCGCGGCUACACCGGCGAACGCAACGAGAUCUUGGACCCUGCGCAUCAAAGUGCCGGCGACCUCAAGGAGGCCUGGAACUUUGGUGAAUUCAACGUAAAUGGCAGAUUACAGCAGGGGCUACCCGCAGAGGUCGCGGAGAGGGGAGCUGAGAGGGAGCUGAAGGAAUUUGAGGACGCUUGCAGGGCAACAUGUGAGCGGGUGCUAGAGUUGUUGGCGCUGGCACUCGAGGUUGAGGACAAGUCAUGGUUCAGUAAAAGGCAUGGCCGACCGAGUGGGAGUAUUGUGCGGUUGCUGCGGUAUCCGGCGCAAAAGCAAAGUGAUGAGAAAGCAGACGUUGGGGCGGGAGCGCAUAGCGACUACGGCAGCCUGACCCUGUUGUUUCAACGGCAAGGACAGAGAGGCUUGGAGGUAAGGGAUAACGAAGGCGCCUGGAAGGGUGUGGAAGUUGUCCCCAAAGGAUGCAGCGGCGAUGUGCCGCCCAUCGUCGUAAACAUUGGGGAUCUGCUAAGCUACUGGACCAACGGCUUGCUCAAAAGCACGGUUCACAGGGUGAUCCUGCCAAAGAGUGCGGAGGAGGAUCGGUACAGCAUCGUAUAUUUCUGCCAUCCGAAGGAUGAUGAGGGUCUCGUCGCCGUGCCAAGCCAUGUGGUGAGGGAUAGGGGCGACAUGAAUGAGGAUGAGACUGUGGGAUACGGUGGUGGAAGCCAGGGGAAGGCUCUGACGGCCAAGGAGCACCUGAUGAGGAGACUGGAGGCCACGUAUGGCACUAGAAAGUAG